GGAAGUCGUCUGAAUAAACCUGAGUGGACGGACACGGAGAUGCUGUCUGUCCCAUCCGGUCUGUCUGUCCCUGGUCGGUCCUCCAGCCAGCCCAGGUACAGGAGGUCCAUGGGGGCAGUUUACUAAUUAAAACUUCACCUGUCAGAGAAAGUGAACCCAUAUAACAAGCCGGAAACACAGUCCUCUCUCUGUGAACUCCUCUCUGUGGAUACAAACAGACCUAAGAGCUGCUGCUAACAUCGAGCUGCUGAUAGAGAGUUGCACUCGUCCCUCCCUCCCUCCCUGCAGAUCGAUAUAUAAAAAGGUCAAAGGGGUCAUGCCAGUCCUGGCUAUGGAGGAGCCUGUGGUUGAUCACCAGAAACGGUUCCAGGCUGCUGUGGAUGUCAUCCAUAACCUCCCCAAAAAUGGUUCGUACCGGCCGUCCUAUGAGGUCAUGCUGAGUUUCUACAGUCUGUACAAGCAGGCGGUGUGUGGACCCUGCACGGUGCCUCGACCCGGCUUCUGGGACCCAGUGGGUCGCUACAAAUGGGAUGCCUGGAGACGCCUGGGAGAGAUGAGCAGCGAGAGCGCCAUGGGAGCGUACGUGGACGAGAUGAAGAAAGUAGCUCAAGAGGUACAUGACCGAUGUAUUGCAUUCAAGAAAGUUCCACAAGAGGUCCUCGACACCAUGCCCAUGAAUGAGAAAACGGCGUCGCUCUUCCACCACUUCCAGCCUCUUUACCUGGUGAUCGAUGACAUGCCGCGGCCUCCAGAGUCUCUGUUCGCACCCGGAGAAGGUGUUAAAGGCAGCGAGCCUGCUGACAGGCCAGCAGAGAUGAAGGAUGAGGAUGAGGAGCAGGGCCGCCCUGAAGGAAAUUUUUCUCUACUAGAGGGUGCAGAUCCAGAUCAGGAGUUCAGCCUGUCUGAGGUCAUAGAGCUCACUGCCAACACCAUCCCUAAUGACUCUGGAGUGUGCGAGGGUGUGGUGUUGACCAGCGACUCGGAGAGCGAGAUCUUCUGUGACUCUGUGGAUUCAGUGGAGCAACUCGGCAACGUCAAGAUUCCAGUUGUGAAGACCAAUGGUUUUCACAACGGCCACGUGUCCGAGGAGGCGUCCCCCGUUCAGAGUCAAGUCCGCCAGGUGGGAGCAGGUCAAGGUGGAGAGGGGGCAGAGGACGGGAAGGGUCAAGGUCCCAACAGGAGGAGCCGAGACACCGGGCGGGACGGUUCCCAACACAACUGGAGAGAACGUGGUGUUCCUCAGGGCAGUCCGAGGUGGGGGCCCCCUGGCGGCGGCGGAGGGUCCGGACGAGGAGGAGGAGACGGUUCGGAGGGCGGUGCCGAGAGGCUGCAUGACGCCCAGCUACAGCAGCAGAUCAUCCUGGCUCUACGGAGGCUCAGAGAGGACAUGAGGAGCGUAAUGGACCGGCUGGAGGUGGUGGAGAGGCUCGCUGCCACACAUGCCCAGAGUUCAGACUGGAGACCGUGUCCACAGUGUGCAGCCACCGCCUCAAAACAGCAGGAGGACAGGUGGUGGCUGUUUGACGCGUCCGGUCAGACCGUCCUCCUCUUCCUGCUGUGGCCGUUCGUCGCUCAGGGUGUGGUCUACCUGCUGAGGAAAGCCCAGAAGAGAAGUCGCAUAUCUUCAUGAGCCGGACGAAGGGGAGACAUUCAAAAAUACCACUCACCUUUUUAGUUAACACCAUCCGGUGCAGGAAGUUUAGUUUGUACAGCAGGAAAAGGAUUGAAUCCUCCCUCACUCACUCACUCUGAGCACUGAACGGAAGGAGGGAGACACGUUGGUGGACUUGCUUUUCUGCUUGGAGAGAGAGAUGUGCCUGGUCGUGUCAUACACCUCAGGAUCCACUACAGCACUUAUGUCGUGAUUUAAAUUAUUCAAGCUGGCUGGUGUUGGGCAGCAGGAAAGCAGAACACGUUAUUGUCUUUACCAAACCUGGAUAAAUGCUUAUACUGAUCAUGAGCCUGAGAUACUGAUUAAACCUCGAUUAUUAUAUUACUCAAAUUACUGAGACAUGAUGUACAUUCACCAUAUUACUUUUGGGGUUUUGCUGCCAUAAGAUCAACGUCUUUUGUAAUAUACAGAAUAUUAAUCACUGUCGAAAAACAGCACAAAGUAUUCCUCUUUCAAAUGGAAGAAGAAGUCAACGUAGAGAUGUAGCUGUAAUAACGUUACCGUCUCUCUGGAUUGGCUGAAAUGACUCCAAGGCUGCACUCAUCAUUUCAUUGGAAUCUCAAUUCUCGACCUCAGAUUGUUUGUCAUCGUCUCUUUUUUGUCUUCUAAUGAAAGUCUUUUCAAUUUCAGUGCUCUGGUGCACUAUCUCUUAGACUGCUAACUGUACAUUAAUUUACAUGGAAUACACCUUCUGAUCACAGUGGCACUUAAUAUAUGUAAUUUUGUAGAUCCGAUAAUAUGAAAUCGUCGUUAUCCGAUUGUUUUUGUUAGCUCUGGAGAGUAAUCGGAUGAUAAAAGUACACUGAAAUGACGAGUGUGAUUAUGAGACUAUUGUCACCAAAUGAUGGAAGACUGUUUUCAAAACUGCCCUGUAAUGAACGAUCAUGUAUGAUAUUAAUGCAUGAGCUCAAAUUAAAGAUUUAUAUUGAAUAGAA